AUGUUCUACUUUCACUGUCCGCCUCAGCUGGACGGAGAGUGCUGCCGAUCCAACACAUUGAAUUCGAGCGGAUUUGGCAACCACGCUCCGACUGAUUUCGAUGAUGGAUUUCUACGCAGGAAACAGCGCAGGAACAGAACUACCUUCACUCUGCAACAGCUGGAGGCUUUGGAGGCUGUGUUUGCGCAGACGCACUACCCGGACGUGUUCACGCGCGAGGAGCUGGCCAUGAAGAUCAACCUCACGGAGGCCAGGGUGCAGGUUUGGUUUCAGAACCGCAGAGCAAAGUGGAGGAAGACAGAGCGAGGAAGCUCAGACGCAGAAGGAGGUAAAGAGCAGAUGAGCGAGGGCACUCCUCCGUCUCGCAGCAUCAACUCUCAGUCUCCGGUGGACCACAGCAGGAAGCAGAAAGAACCGCUGGAGAUGCAGCAGAGCAUCAACAGGACGGUGGGUCCAAGUGGUCCGUUCUUCCCGUCAUGUAUCCCAGGAACGCUCCUAAACUCUGCUACCUACGCCCAGGCCCUCUCACAGGUCGCCACACUGAAAGGUAAUGGUUUGUGUUCCUGCUGUGUUUCCGACCCCAUGGGCUUGUCCUUCCUGCCACCCUACGGUUGCCAAGGCAACCGCACAGCCAGCGUGGCCGCCCUUCGCAUGAAGGCCCGUGAGCAUUCGGAGGCUGUGCUUCAGUCUGCGAACCUGCUCGGCGCUGCAGCGGGCGGACCGGGCGCCGGCGUGGGAGUCCUGUCUGGAGUCGCCGUAAGCUCGGCCGGGGUGGCGAGACCCUCCAUAGGUCCCGCCAUCGAGGUUCCCGGCUCCGUGGGGAGAGGAGGGGAAAGCUCCAGUCCCAGUCUGGCCAACAAGGUGCCGGUGCUGGGCAGCAGUCCUGACAAACACCCUCACUGCUCCAAGGAACAACUGGAGAAAAAGUAA